GCUUUGCUGUUCGCGGGCCAGGCGCGGCCAUGGCGCAGCCAGGGAAGAUACUCAAGGAGCAAAAGUACGACCGGCAGCUGAGGGAAAUGUCUUAUGUCAAGACCGUAAAUGUACUGGAUCUGCAUCACUUGAAGACAUGAGAUUGAGAACAGACUAUGUUUUAAGUGCAAGAAGCUUCCUUUGUUCACGUAUCUGUUUAUGUAUUUAUUUAUGCUGUGGGGUGACCAUGGACAAGAAGCUUUGGAAUCUGCUCAUGUUUGCUUAAUAAAUGCAACGGCUACAGGAACUGAAAUUCUUAAAAACUUGGUACUGCCAGGUAUUGGAUCAUUUACAAUUAUUGAUGGAAAUCUGGUCAGCGGAGAAGAUGCUGGAAACAACUUUUUCCUUCAAAAAAGCAGUAUUGGCAAGAACCGAGCUCAAGCUGCCAUGGAAUUCUUACAAGAACUAAAUAGCGAUGUCUCUGGAAGUUUUGUGGAAGAGAGUCCAGAAAACCUUCUAGACAAUGAUCCUUCAUUUUUCUGUAGGUUUACUAUUGUGGUUGCAACUCAGCUUCUUGAAAGUACAUUACUGCGUUUAGCAGAUGUUCUCUGGAAUUCCCAGAUCCCUCUUUUGAUCUGUAGGACAUAUGGACUAGUUGGUUAUAUGAGGAUUAUUAUAAAAGAACACCCAGUAAUAGAAUCUCAUCCAGAUAAUGCAUUGGAGGAUCUACGACUAGAUAAGCCAUUUCCUGAACUGAGAGAACAUCUUCAGUCUUAUGACUUGGACCAUAUGGAAAAAAAGGACCAUAGCCAUACUCCAUGGAUUGUGAUCAUAGCUAAAUAUUUAGCACAGUGGUAUAAUGAAACAAAUGGACGAAUUCCUAAAAGCUAUAAAGAAAAAGAGGACUUCAGAGAUUUGAUAAGACAAGGGAUUUUAAAGAAUGAGAAUGGAGCUCCAGAAGACGAAGAGAAUUUUGAAGAAGCCAUCAAAAAUGUGAACACAGCACUAAAUACAACUCAGAUCCCAAGCAGUAUUGAAGAUAUAUUUAAUGAUGAUCGAUGCAUAAAUAUCACCAAACAGACGCCACCUUUUUGGAUUCUAGCUCGUGCCUUAAAGGAAUUUGUGGCCAAGGAGGGUCAAGGAAAUUUACCUGUUCGAGGCACAAUUCCUGAUAUGAUUGCAGAUUCAAGCAAAUACAUAAAACUGCAGAAUGUUUACCGAGAGAAAGCAAAGAAAGAUGCUGCUGCUGUAGGCAAUCAUGUUGCCAAAUUGCUUCAGUCUGUUGGCCAGGCACCAGAGUCCAUUUCAGAGAAAGAAUUAAAAUUGCUUUGCAGCAAUUCUGCAUUUCUUCGAGUGGUAAGAUGUCGAUCUUUAGCUGAAGAGUAUGGUUUGGAUACAGUCAACAAAGAUGAAAUAAUUUCUAGCAUGGACAAUCCAGAUAAUGAGAUAGUCCUAUACCUGAUGUUGCGGGCUGUUGAUCGAUUUCAUAAACAGCAUGGCAGAUACCCAGGAGUGUCUAACUAUCAAGUUGAAGAAGAUAUAGGGAAGUUGAAGUCCUGUCUUACUGGCUUCCUUCAGGAAUAUGGGCUGUCUGUAAUGGUGAAAGACGAUUAUGUCCAUGAAUUUUGCCGGUACGGAGCUGCUGAGCCACACACCAUUGCUGCGUUCCUGGGAGGAGCUGCUGCUCAAGAAGUUAUCAAAAUAAUCACCAAACAAUUUGUAAUUUUUAAUAAUACUUAUAUUUAUAGUGGUAUGUCACAAACUUCUGCAACUUUCCAGUUGUAGAAUAAGCACCGUGUGUAUUAUGUUAGUGGUUGGAACUGUAAUUGUCUUCAUAUUGUGCUUUAGUUUGUAAAAAUCUGUUAAAGGACAGAAGUUAAAUUGUUUCCUUAAUAAAAGUUUUUCUCAUUUGUAAUAUA